AACGCCCCGCUGUCAGCUCCUCAGCUCCUCCCUCCUCCUUCUCCAGAAAGCACAGUUCCUGCAGAGCUACUGUGGUCGUGACUGAGCUCCACCAGGGUCUAUUUCACCGAAACUUUUCACCGGACAUUCAUCAGACAGGAGGAAAAAGAAAACACACUCAAAAAGGGGGGGAGCAGCGGCCAACACUGGGACUAUUCUUUACCAAACUUAUCAAGACAAGUUUGUAUAUUCAAACGCUGUUCGUCUGCUGCUGGCGAUAAGGCUCUAAUACAGCAUACUGUCGCUAUAAUAAGUUAGUUAUUAUCACAGAAUGGCUGAUACAACCGCGACCAGCCCCGGUGCGAACUGCCUGGAGAAGCUGAAAAGUUACGUGAGGACCCCAAAAGGGUUUAUUCUGGCAGCAGAAAUACUCAUCAGUUUCAUUAUCAUCAUCUGCUACGCUGCAUCUCUGUAUGGAGGCUACUCCGCUGUGGCCAUCUGCGAGAUGGUCUUUGCCAUGGUCUUCUUCGGCAUCUUCAUGAUGGAGAUGGACAAGCAGAUCCAAGUGGUCAACUGGGUCUGGAGCGAUCUUUUCCGUGCUGGUAUCGGCGCUGUCCUUUACAUCAUCACUUCUCUGAUCUGUGUGAUCGGAGGAGCGGGGGACGGUGCUCGUAUCGCAGGCGGGGUAUUUGGUUUGAUCGCUGGUCUGCUCUUUGCCUACGAUACCUACACCAUAUUCCUGCAAAUCAAGAGCAGCAGGCAGCACAUGGCAGCUUCCACUGAUGACAGAGUUUAAACACUCCAAGACACAUUUACCUCUGUCAAGAUCGCAGCAGGACAACAAAGAGUAACGUGUGCAGAAGUUAACGGAAGAGUGGAGCAGAGAGGACGAUGGACAGUAAAAUGAACAGGUCACAGUUUAAUCAAUGCCACUCUAUGGCGUGAACAGAACAGAGAUAUAUAUUUUAGGGCCGUGCUUGAGAGGAGGAUGAUGUAGUCGGAGCAAGUGGUACUGUACAUCUGUGCCUGCACUUCAGAUAAAAAUGUGUCAUGAGUAGUACAUGAGGAAUUCCUCUCACAAACCUUUAGGCCAACCUCAAUGUACCACUGAUUUAAAAAGGGACAACUGUAAAUAAUAGGCAAUGGUUGAUGGCAUCAAGCAGCUUGUCUAAUACAAAUGUCUACUGUUAAUGGACUGCUGUAGUGAGUAGUAACUGUGUUUGGUCUUUAGAAGUAACUGACAUGAAUGGGUGCUUUAAAAAAAUUGUUUAACAUUAUACUGUAUUUCCUCAAAUAGUGGCCGGGGCCUUUAUUUACCUCAAGUGCAGAAUUUAACAGGCCUUUAGUUGAAGCAGGCCUUUAUUUUUAAUUCAAUUCUGUUCGAUUAUUGUCAUAUUUGAAUGCCUUAUUUUUAUCUGCCUAAUACAAACCUGUAUCCAUUUCAAAUUAAAAGCCUUUUAGCAUUUCAGUGGACAGAAACCUGUAAUUUCUUAACAAGGCUUUUAUUGUGAAACAUUUGCAAGAAAAUGUUGUGGAAAACUCAUUGACUGUGUUCUAAAUCACAUAUUAACGUACACUAUUGAUACUCAGUAUGGUGUUAAAUUGAGUAUGUAGGGCGUUCCAACUGUGUAGUAUGUGAAUCAUGUGUACACGAGUAAUACCCUGGAUGUAUACUAGAUUAGCAAGAAUGCUUCCUGCACAUACUCCACCGCCCCAAAAUGCAUUGUGUUGCUUCAGACUGUUCACUUCUGAGAAUAUUUGAGACAAGAAAUUAACUGUAUAGAUUACAAAUAUUAGCAAAUUUAACAAAAUCCGCUCACAGACCCCCUCUUGCCCAAUUUGCCCCACAGAUCACUGCAGCCAACGGAGCAGACACAUUUCUAUGUACUGUAUCAUAUUCAGUCUGUUUAGUUAAGUUUAAAUAUAUAAGAUAACUUACUUAAUCAGAGACUUUCAGCCUUUACCUUUUCCCCCCAUUUUUCUGCUUGAUUAUUCUCAUUGUGAACAAUCGUCACACUUAAUGGUUCAUUUAUUAGGCAGUAAGCAGCACACACUUACUGAGCAUGUAGUAGGCAGUACGUUAGUGUGCAAUUUCAAACACAGCCAUUGAUUUGAAAGGUUCCCAUACACCACUUGAAAUGUAGCUGCUGCCUCUUGUGGUGCUUGUAUGUUACUACAAAAUACAGUUGGGCUUAGACACAUGCCCCCCCCUCCCUUAUACAGCUUGUUGAAGGUGGGAAUGUGGCACCAUUUUGUAUUCCAUGUGUGUAUACAUACACACAUGGAAUGAGUUUUUCUGCCAUUAAGUCGACAGCAGAAAUAGUAAAAGAGCAGAAUCUACGUUAGUAUAAAACACAGACAGUGUUACAGGUCAUGCAGCAUGCUAUCUAAAAAUCACACACUGGAGCAGCAGUAUGCCGCCAUUGUUCGGUUAGCAAAGCCUGCGUAAUGACGGGUCUUCUCUACAGCACUAUUGCGGGGUCUCUCUGAGAAGGUCUACAAACAAAUACACCCGCAGUAACUGAAAUUGGACAUCGACACUUCAGAUGUUGAAAAUAGCAUGAUUAUAUUGUUGGAUUUACUAAAUUAAAGUGAUGUUACGUAUACAUUACACUUAGUUGGCAUGUGCAUAACAUGGCAGCCCGCCUGGAGUUUAUCCACCCGUGUGCGCUUCAGUGGUCGGAAGAUUAGAAAGAUAUGAGUGCAGUCCAUUUACCAUUUACCUUGUUUGUCCUGUAUUUGGGGCCUGCCUUUAUUUGUUUGUGCCCCCAGUCAAUAAUCGAUCGACCUUGACAACCAGCUUUUAUUUGAGGAAAUACGGUUGUUAUGCUCUUCUUGAGUGUGUUUUCUGUAUUCUGAGUGAGGUUUCUCAGCUGGCCAAACAUUUCCUGCUCUGUUAUUUAAUCGUUGCCGUUUUGUGUGCUCCCUGUGUUAGAGUGCCUUAAAGUCUCAUUCAGAUUAACCAGUUUCUUUUCAUCUUAUUCAUCUCCUAAAUCCUAAACAUUUGAAGUGGCCUACUGUCAUUGACUAGCAAUAUUUUGGCUGUUUUUGUACUAGUCAGAGUUUAGUCUGCAUCGUUAGAAAACGGUAGACGUCUCUUAACCAUCAACCAAAGGUUCAUUGUUUGUAUUACAGCACCAUCCUCCAGUUUCACCUAUGUACUUUGAUUCUUGCUCAGGUUGUUUUUUCUUUUCCUUUUUACAUUUGUAUCACAUUUUUAAGGUGCAGGAUAUUUUUUGUUGACAUUUUAUACAGACCAGUCGUACAGUACAGUUUUAUUUGUGGUUUUUUUUUGAGUACAUGUUCUCUUUGAUGAGACAGAUAAAGAAAAAUCCAUCGCUAAAGAAAAAAUCACAUUGUUGGAAUUAUAUGAUGUGAACAAUUUGAAAAAAAUGUUCUGUAACUGUUUCCUAAACUCUUUGGUGGUUAUUUGUCCAAGUAAAACAUUGCCUUAUUAUUAUUUUUUUUUCUAACAUGCUUUACAAGAGUCUGUAGUUUGUAAUUUCAAAAUUCAAAGCAGCCUCGCUUUGGGAAAUAAAAGCCAUUGGUAAUACAAAGAAAA